AACAGAACUACUGAUGGAAAAUUGGUUUUCUGUCAAAAAUUUUUCUUACUGCAAAAAAGUAGAAAAACGAAGGAGAUCAGAAGAAAUCAGAAAUCAGUUCAGAAUUAAAAUUUAUUUUCCUGUGAUUAAAAGUUAUUUAAAAUGACUGACUCCAAGUAUUUUACCACCACCAAAAAGGGUGAAAUCUUUGAACUCAAAUCGGAGUUGAAUAAUGACAAAAAAGAGAAGAAAAAGGAAGCCGUUAAAAAGGUUAUUGCUAGUAUGACAGUUGGUAAGGAUGUAUCAGCUCUCUUUCCGGACGUAGUAAAUUGCAUGCAAACCGACAAUUUGGAAUUGAAAAAACUCGUUUAUCUUUAUUUGAUGAACUAUGCUAAAUCACAACCGGACAUGGCUAUAAUGGCUGUUAAUACAUUUGUUAAAGAUUUGCCCUCUUCUCGACUACUUCAGGAUUGCGAAGAUUCCAACCCGCUGAUUCGAGCCUUAGCAGUCAGAACAAUGGGAUGUAUUCGUGUUGACAAAAUCACGGAGUACCUUUGCGAGCCCCUGAGAAAAUGUCUCAAAGAUGAAGAUCCUUAUGUAAGGAAAACAGCUGCUGUUUGUGUUGCAAAGUUGUAUGAUAUCUCCUCAUCCAUGGUGGAAGACCAAGGAUUCUUGGACCAAUUGAAGGAUCUAUUGUCUGAUUCAAAUCCAAUGGUAGUGGCCAAUGCCGUAGCAGCCCUGAGUGAAAUCAAUGAAUCCAGUCAAUCUGGACAACCAUUAGUUGAGAUGAAUUCUGUUACCAUCAAUAAAUUGUUGACCGCCCUCAAUGAAUGUACCGAAUGGGGACAAGUGUUCAUCUUGGACUCGUUGGCCAACUAUAGUCCAAAAGACGAACGUGAAGCUCAGUCCAUUUGCGAGCGAAUUACACCACGUUUGGCACAUGCAAAUGCUGCAGUUGUUCUUAGUGCAGUGAAAGUUUUGAUGAAAUUGUUGGAGAUGUUGUCCAGUGACAGUGAUUUCUGUUCGACCUUGACAAAGAAACUGGCCCCACCAUUGGUGACACUGUUGUCUUCGGAGCCAGAAGUGCAGUAUGUGGCUUUGCGUAAUAUUAACUUGAUCGUUCAAAAGCGGCCCGAUAUCCUCAAGCACGAAAUGAAAGUCUUCUUCGUCAAGUACAACGAUCCGAUCUAUGUGAAGUUGGAAAAAUUGGACAUUAUGAUUCGUUUAGCCAAUCAGAGCAAUAUUGCUCAGGUAUUGAGCGAGUUGAAGGAGUAUGCUACUGAGGUUGAUGUUGACUUUGUGCGAAAGGCUGUGAGGGCUAUCGGGCGAUGCGCAAUUAAGGUUGAACCAUCUGCGGAAAGAUGUGUUUCUACAUUGUUGGACUUGAUUCAAACUAAAGUAAACUAUGUCGUUCAAGAAGCCAUCGUAGUAAUUAAGGAUAUCUUUAGAAAAUAUCCUAAUAAAUACGAGAGUAUUAUUAGUACUCUGUGUGAGAAUCUAGACACUCUUGAUGAGCCAGAAGCUCGUGCUUCAAUGGUUUGGAUUAUAGGAGAGUAUGCUGAACGUAUUGAUAAUGCCGAUGAGUUGUUGGACAGUUUCCUCGAAGGUUUCCCCGAUGAGAAUGCUCAAGUGCAAUUGCAAUUGUUGACCGCUGUCGUUAAACUAUUCCUCAAGCGGCCAUCUGAUACACAAGAGUUAGUUCAACAUGUCCUUUCGUUGGCCACUCAAGACUCAGAUAAUCCCGAUUUGCGGGACCGUGGUUUCAUCUAUUGGCGUUUAUUAUCUACAGAUCCCGCUGCCGCCAAGGAAGUUGUUUUGGCUGAUAAGCCAUUGAUUUCGGAAGAAACUGAUCUGCUCGAACCAACACUCUUGGAUGAACUUAUUUGUCAUAUAAGUUCUUUAGCUAGUGUCUACCAUAAGCCACCGACUGCAUUUGUUGAGGGUCGUGGAGCUGGUGUUCGUAAGUCUCUUCCUAAUCGUACAGCUGGAACUGAGGCACCUUCGGAGUCUCAGUCAGAGGCAACUGUCAUUCCCAACCAGGAAUCACUUAUUGGCGACUUGUUAUCCAUGGACAUCAACACACCAGCAGCUCCCGUUGCAGCACCCGCAGCUAAUAACAUCGAUCUUUUGGGUGGUGGUUUAGACAUUUUGCUUGGAACUGGACCAACUGAACCUGUUGCUGGAGGAACAUCUGGUCUUUUGGGUGACAUUUUUGGCUUGGGCACUGGUGGCAUAUCUCCAAUGGUACAAAUACCAAAAAUAAUCUGGCUGCCAGCUGAAAAGGGCAAAGGACUAGAAAUUCAGGGAACCUUCUCCCGCCGAAACGGUCAAAUAUCUAUGGACCUCACAUUCACCAACCGGGCAAUGCAGGCAAUGAGUGCAUUCGCAAUUCAGUUGAACAAAAACAGCUUCGGUCUCGUUCCCGCAUCUCCCCUUCAAGUAGCACCAUUAGCUCCAACUCAAAGUUGUGAAGCCAGUCUGCCAAUGGGCACCACUGGCCCAGUUCAAAGAAUGGAACCACUCAACAAUCUGCAGGUUGCUGUCAAAAACAACGUCGAUAUCUUUUAUUUCGCUUGUCUGGUGCAUGGAAAUGUUUUGUUUGCCGAAGAUGGACAAUUGGACAAACGUGUGUUCCUCACGACAUGGAAGGAAAUCCCAGCUGCCAAUGAAGUGCAGUACAGUUUAUCUGGUGUAAAUGGUAACACAGAUGCUAUUGCAUCCAAAAUGACCGCCAAUAAUAUCUUUACCAUUGCCAAGAGAAAUGUCGAAGGCCAAGACAUGCUUUAUCAAUCACUUAAACUAACCAAUAGUAUUUGGGUUCUGCUCGAGCUCAAAUUACAGCCUGGAAAUCCUGAUGCAACACUCAGUUUGAAAUCGAGAUCAGUAGAAGUUGCUCCAAUGAUUUUUGCUGCAUAUGAAGCCAUUAUACGUUCUGCUUAGAUAUACAAAACUACAAAAUAAAUGUCAUAAACAGAUAAACUAUCGUUGUAUUCGAAUAAUCAAGCAUAUAAACAAUCUUUAGUUAUGAUACAGCUAAAUGAAAGUAUUUUAAAUUAGAAAAGAAAACAAUGUUCAUGGUACACAUUUUUGGUCUCUGUCUUGGUCUUGAAAUUUGUGUCAAAAUGAGAAGUAAAUACAUACCACAUAUUAUAAAGUUUAACUUUUUUCGGUACUCCCCGAGAUGUAUUAUUUUAUUUUUCUUAUACAUACAUAAUUUUUCUCAAGGUUAGCAUCUUAAUAGUUCUUCAUUAAAUCGAGAUGUAUCUCAGUGUUUUCUUUUUUACAAUCUAAUUUUUGUUAUUUUUAAACACAUAAGAAAAAUAAUGUGUCUAAUGAUGUGUUUAUAAUAUUAUUAAUUAUACUAUUCCCAAUAAAAGUUAUUAAAAUAAAAACAAAAUAUAAGACAACAUUCCAAACAA